GUGAGGGGUGUGAUCUAGCCUACGGGAGGGAGGAGAAUCCCAGCACCUGCCCAAGCGGCCCCGUAGGGUAGCCUACUCUGACUCCUACUCUGACUUGACAGCGGCACCGCAAACUCAGAGCCUGCAAGCCCUUAACCUUCUUUGUUUUCUUUUGGAUAAUUGCGAGGACAUUCUGACAUAAAUUGCUUCAGGUCCAUCCAGUAAUCUGCACCAAAGUGGCGUUUAUUUCACUUUUCGUUCCAGGUUUUGCGCAUGCUCAGACGGCGAGUCCUGUCAAGCAAUCAUGGACCCUAGGAGAGAAGCUGUCUGUCGAUCUGUUGGCUUUUUACCUUUAUUACUCCAGAGAGCUCGAGGAGAAAUGCACCGUUCUUCACAGUGUCGCUAGUGGGAAAGAAGACCUGACGUCAGGAUGAAUGAGAUGAACCUGAGCCCAGUGGGAAUGGACCAGCUGAGUGUGCCUGCCGUGAGCGCGAGCCACCUCGGGCUCCCCGUCUCCCCCACGCACGGCUCCAUCACGUCAGCAGGCCUGUCGGUGCCCAUCCCCAGCCUGCCCCCCUCUCUGGGCGCCCUGCCCUCGGCGCUGUCCCUCAUGUUGCCCAUGGCGCCGCUGGCGGAGCGGGGGGGUGUGAUGUGCGGCGCCCUGGGCCCGCUGCCCGACAGGAACUACCCCCUGCCCCCGCCCCCCUACCCCCACCUGGAGAGCAGCUACUUCAGGCACAUCCUGCCAGGUAUCCUGUCCUACCUGGCUGACCGCCCGCCCCCCCAGUACAUCCACCCCAGCAGCCUGAACCUGGACGGCCCCCUGUCAGUGUCCAGCGGUGCCGCCACCUCCGGGCUGGACCCCUACGGCGGGCUGGUGGGGGGGCAUCACGAGGGGGCGCUGGAUGGGGGUCUGGCGGGCAUGGAGCAGUCCCGCGUGAGCAGUCCUGGGGAGGGCAUGGGGGGGGGAGAGCUGGCGGGCAUGGAGGGGGGCCGGGGGGUGGACGCGGCGGGGGUGGGGGUGCUGCCCCUGCAGGCGUCAGGGCUGGAGCUCCCCUCCGUGGUCCUGGAGCCGGAGCACAUGGGGGGGGGGCGUGCGGGGGGGUUGGGGGAAGGGCUGCACCCCUCUGGGGGGUUGGGUCCGGGGGCGGGGGGCGUGCUGCCCCCGGGGGUGGUCAGGGUGGUGCUCACCGGGUCCAUGCCCCCCCCCACGGGGCACACAGGUGUGUGUGUCGGGCUGGAGCAGGGGGCCUCCGAGGCGCUGGGACCCGAGAGCGGCCUCGUGCUCGUCAACAACACUCUGCAGCUGGACGACUCCACCUCCAACAAGGAGAACAUGGCCACCGCAUUCAACAUCUGGUGUACUCUGUGUGACCGCUCCUACCCUUCAGACUGUCCUGAGCACGGCCCCGUCACAUUCAUCCAGGACACGCCCAUCCAGACCAGGGCCCGCCUCUCUCUGCCCCGCCCCCUUUGUCUGCGCGUGUCGGUGGCUGAUGAGCCAAUCGGUGUGUGUGCUCGAGAGACUAUCCCAGCCAGGACGUGUUUUGGGCCGGUGGUGGGACAGCACUGCAGCAGUGUGGGGCUGGCGGCCUGGACAGACAAAGACACGCCCCAGAUCUGGAAGAUGUUCCACAACAACCUUCAGGAGUUCUGCCUCGUCACCACCGAUGAGAAUGAGUGCAACUGGAUGAUGUUCGUCCGUAAGGCCAGAACCACUGAGGAACAGAACCUGGUGGCGUACCUCGACAACAGGAAGUUGUAUUUCUGCGUUUCCAGAGAAAUCCUUCCCGAACAGGAGCUGCUCUUCUACUACAGUAAAGACUACUGCAGGCAGAUAGGUGUUCCUCUGGUACCUGAGGGUCAGGUGUGCCACUGUGGGAAAGAAUGCUCCUCCUUCUCCGAUCUCAAGGCCCACUUGGAAAGCCACGCCCCUAGCCACUCCCCCAGCCACGCCUCCCAGGAACACCACGGCCACCAAUCGGGGGGCAAACUGACUGGCUCUGGGUCUUCCGGCUCCGCCUCCUCCUCCCCCUGGCCGUGUCACGCUAACGGGGGCGGCGCCGGGGGCGGGGGCGUGUCCGUGGGCGUGUCUGGGGGGCGGGCCAGGAAGUUUAAGUGCAGCAUGUGUUCGCGUGCCUUCAGCACGUCCACCAAACUCAACACACACUUCAUGGGCCACGUGGGGAUGAAGCCACACAAGUGUGAAUACUGCAGCAAGGCCUUCAGCGACCCCAGCAACCUGCGGAUGCACCUCAAGAUACACACAGGCCAGAAGAACUUCCGCUGCAGUUUGUGUGAGAAGUCUUUUACCCAGAAGGCCCACGUGGCGUCUCACAUGGUCAUACACACCGGCGCGCGCAACCUGAAGUGUGACCACUGCGACAGGCUCUUCAUGCGCAAACAAGACCUCAAACAGCACCUCCUCACACACACACAAGACAGUCAGAUCCGCUGCCCCAAGUGUGACAAGCGCUUCCUGAAGAGCAACCACCUAAAGAAGCACCUGAACUCGCACGACGGUCGCCGCGACUACAUCUGUGAGAAGUGCAGCAAGGCCUUCCUCACCAAGUACCACCUGACCAGGCACCUCAAGAUCUGCAAGGGGCCCCCCCAGACGAGUCGGGGCAGGCCACAGAAUCACCGGGGGACACGGGGGGGAGCGGAGGAGGAGGAGGAGGAGGACGAUGAGGAGGAAGAAGAGGAGGAGGAGGAGGAGGAGGAGAGGGAAGAUGAAAGCGCAGCAGUGGGACCUGAGGACAUAGCUGGCUCACAGGACUGUGGACUGGAGGAGGGGGGGUACCCCUCGAACACAGCCCCCUCACCCGACCCCUGACCCCUCACCCCAACCCUGACCCCUCAACCCCAUCCCUGCCCAGACAGACUGCACUGUGCCAACCCCCCUGCCUCCUGUUGUUUAUCCACUUCCUGGUCUUGUUUAUCCACUUCCUGGUCUUAUUUAUCCACUUCCUGGUCUUAUUUAUCCACUUCGCCCAGAUCUCAUUUCACCAGAGCAGGAAGUUAUUUCAGUCAUGUGACGGACUAUGAACCAAUGACUUGGCAGAAAAAAACGGGUUAUAGCUGUUACUGUGUAUGUCCCACGUGUUUGAUCUCCUCUCCUCUCCUGUCCUCUCCUCUCCUCUCCCAACUCUGUCCCUCUUAAAGGGGAAGAUUUCAUUUUGUUAACAGAAGUAUGAUGUCAUAAAUAUUUAAUUAAUGUCAGGAAUGGCUUCCGUCUUAGUGUGUGUGUGUUUCCCCCCACACACACUUAAUUUGUACUUCCUGUCCCCCCCCCCCCACACACUUCAUGGGUCUGUUUGAAAACCCAUAACAUGCUGUCUAACAAGGUGUCUAACAAGGUCUCUACGGAGGACAGCAAGGCAUCAGGGACUGUUCCAAACCGUUAUUCUGUCUCUUCCUGUUUUGUAAGAUAACUUAAAAUCUUUGCGUGACGGGUCAUUUUUCAAGGUAGCAUCGAUGCAUCCUUGAGGCUGCCUAUUACCCAUAAAUCUGUGCGCCAGCUCCCUCUGGCAACUGCAAAUUGUAAAAACAAAGAUGGCGGACCAAACUCCGCUGACGGCCGUGUUUUGUAUGUAAAU